AGAGCGCAUUUGGGAUUGGGACCGCUCAGCUGACCUGACCAUUCUAUAAAAUCAAAAUAAUUGGAACAAAAGAUUCUCUCUCUCUCAUUGGAACCAUUUUCCUCAAAAGUCUCUAUUCCUAUUCUUUCUCUUCCUUUUCUGGGUUCUCCUCAAUCCAUUCAAAGCUUCAAUCUUUUCUCUUCCUCUGCCCCCUGCACCUCCCCUCACACCCUUCUUCACUCACAAGUGAAGAUGUCGACACCGGCGAGGAAGAGACUGAUGAGGGAUUUUAAACGAUUGCAGCAAGAUCCUCCUGCUGGCAUCAGUGGGGCGCCCCAAGACAAUAAUAUUAUGCUUUGGAAUGCUGUUAUCUUUGGACCAGAUGACACCCCUUGGGAUGGAGGUACGUUUAAGUUGACACUUCAGUUUACAGAGGAUUAUCCUAAUAAGCCACCAACUGUGCGCUUUGUUUCUAGAAUGUUUCAUCCAAACAUUUAUGCGGAUGGAAGUAUAUGCUUGGACAUUUUGCAAAAUCAGUGGAGUCCUAUCUAUGAUGUAGCUGCAAUUCUUACCUCAAUCCAGUCAUUGCUAUGUGAUCCGAAUGCUAGUUCUCCUGCGAAUUCUGAAGCUGCCCGGAUGUUCAGUGAGAACAAGCGUGAAUACAACAGAAGAGUCCGUGAGAUUGUUGAGCAGAGUUGGACUGCCGAUUAAAUCAUCAUAUAUAAAGAUAGGGCCUAUGUGGCAAUCAAAAGGUUGUCAAAAAGGAUAUGGUUGAAUAACCAAGACUUAAAGGAUCAUUAUGAUUUUCCAGUCGUUGACUAUGUGUUUGCUCAAACUAUGAGUUAAUAUUCCACCUUAUUUACUCCA